AUGGCUGCCGAUCACUUCUGUUUGAAAUGGAACAACUAUCCUUUGAACAUGGUCACCGAGUUGGACAGCCUUCGUACUAGUGAAGACCUGGUAGAUGUAACUUUAUCAUGUGAUGGACAGUUGUUCAAAGCUCAUAAAGUUGUGUUGUCUAUGUGCAGUACCUACUUUCGAAAUGUGUUCAAGGAUAAUCCUUGUAGACAUCCAGUUGUAAUCUUGAAAGAUAUAAACCAAGACGAUGUUCAGGCAUUGCUCAAUUUUGUGUAUCAAGGCACUGUUUACAUAUCAGAGAAAAAAUUAGAAUCGUUUCUACGGACUGCAGAAUUACUACAGAUAAGAGGUCUAGCUGGGGCAGCUUCUACCAUAAAUACAGAUCUAGAGUCAACCCGAAUGAGCUUAGAGAGAAAUGCUAUGCCUCCACUACAGCAACUUUCUACCAAUAACAAUCAAGAUGAAAAACAUGAUACAUCAACUUCAACAGAAAAAUCUGAUUCUCCCAAAUCUCCCAGUGAAAAAGUUUCUGCAAAACGAAAGAAGUGUCUUCCGGUUAAAUUGAAAAAACAAUUUGAUAAUGGCACAGAGUUUAUGGAUGAAACAACUGGUAGUGAAACUGACAUAUUGAGUCGAUUAAAAGUCGAUGAUAUUGAUGAUGGAAAUGUAGAUACUGACUGUUAUAUUGAUGAAGAUGGAUCAAAAGAUGAAUUUUGUGAUGAUCCAUAUGCACAAGGACCUGAUGUUGAUGAAUAUGAAGAUGUAGAUUUAGUUAAAGAUGAUUUUGUUUCACAUUCUACUACAAUUUUUGACAAGUCAUUAAUUGCUUCUCGUAUGUUAAAUGAUCCUAAAGAUAUCCACACAAGUACAGCUAGUGGUAUUGAUUUUGCUAUAUCUUCAGCACAAACAAAUCAAUGUCCAUCUGAACAAUCAUUAACAACUGCAGACCGUCUAGGCCGCCGACCAUGUCCGUUGUGCCAAAAAGUGAUCUCCAACAAGUCUAACUUAUUAAAACAUAUGCGAAUUAGACAUAGUGACGAAUACAAUCCAGCUGGUUGCAGUGUGUGUGGAAAAGUGUUUAAGAACAAAUACAGUUUACGUGCACACAUUAACAUCUAUCAUAAGGAGCACUCGACUACUACCAAUUCACCUAAUCAAGGUGCAUAUCAAGUGUACAACAAUAACGCUAUUGGUCAACAGCAACAACACCCACAACAUCAACAAUCGGCUUCAGUACAGCCUAUCAACAAUUCUACUGGUCCUUAUCUAACUAGUUCAUCGCCGGUUACUUGUUUUAACCAGUCUUCAAAUGCCACUACAACCGGUGGCUAUAUUAUACAGCAGCCUCCCACAUCACCGUUCCUAAAUAAAAUCUCAUUGGAUCUCCCAUCGCCAUAUCAGUUAACAAAUCAGGCUACAUCUGGGCCACCUUUAUCACCACUUUAA